GCCUCAACGGUUUAUGAUGAUGACCCUACCCCCAUGAACCCCCUCAGCGUAUGAUCUGUUUCUUCGGUUUUGCUUCCCCGGAUCAAACCACUUCUCUGGUUUGUUCUCAUUGUCUUGUUCUCUCCUCAUCUCAGCCUCUCGUUUGAUCUGUUUCUCUCACCCCGUGUUCCCCAUGCAGUCCCCUCGACAGAACCUCCAUCGGGAUAUCUAGUUCCCUUCCUCCUUUUGGUCUCCUCGCUCUGUUAAAGAGCAUGCUAACCGGUACUUGGCGCACUCCCAUCCACGGCUCACCUUUACGCCUCCUCUCCAGCAUUCGAAACUCUAUCACCCAUUUCCCCACCGAGUAGCACUCAACGUGCGUUAACAAUGCAAGCUGUUCGUUUAUCCCUUUCCGAAGUCCGCUUGUUUAGUGUCCCCUUUGUCCGGCGGUCGUCUGUAUCUCUUUUCCCCCGGUCAACACAAUACCCAUCACCCCCUUGCGAUCUCCGUGAUGCCCCUCAACAACACCACGAAGCAGGCCGCGGCCGCGACAACAGAGGUGGAAACACCAAAGGAUUCUCCAACUAGUACUACGAACGCCCAAUCACCCUUGGUAGACACGAGCCCUGCUCCGACGACCACAGCCAGCAGAAGGUCUUCUUCGUCCGAUGGAUACAUAUACCCAGACUCACCAACAUUGGGCGCCACUCGGUCAAGUGGAACAGCAGGUUCAACAGGCACGAACGACGAUACUGAGGAGGAUAACGAUAAGGGGCCCUGGGGCGUUCCGAAGGUUCACGAAUCAGUAGGAAUGGCCACGCCAGUUGGGCAAGUUUACCCCUUACGGCGGAGCUCACGAUUCGCCACGGCCCCUCGCACCCAGUUCAAAGCCAGCCGAACUCCGCACGGCCUCCCUUUCAGCAGCAGCUGUACCCCAGUCGAGAAAGACUUGGAAGAGCUCUAUAUCACAGACGAAUGCAUCAUGAGCAGCCAAGAAGAAUAUCAUUCACCGCAUCAGCCGCGCCUCGAGGCUGGGAUCCUUCCCGAACCCCCCCCUGACUCGUCGUUCAUCAGCGACUACCAAGAUUAUACAUUUAUGCGGAGAGCCCAGUCAAGAGGCCUGUUUGGCAUGAUGGAGACCAUCACCGAGUACUCGGAGGAGUCCGAGUCGAUCCACUGCGGUAAAGAAAAAGACGGCGAAGACGAGGUAGCUGUACACCCACCGCCCCUGGCCCACAGCUAUUCUUCCAUCACGGCCACCACCAAUGUCUCUCGGCCGUCUACCAGACGCGGACGUGAAGAAGAACCCCGCGAACCUCUGGACAAAAGUGAGCCGGAGCCACUGGCACUCGAGGACCGGCUCAACAUGCAGGCCUAUGUUCGUGCCAUGGUCAUCUACGGAGGCGGCGCGCCAGAAAGAACGUCGUCCAUUCCCCAACACAUCCGCUCGGCGCCAGAUGAUGGGUCUAUUGGGAGCCUGGCCAGCAUGCUCACGGCAUCAGACGCCAGUCUCAGCACUGGUAUUAGCACCAACCUCACAACCCAGGAGAGUGCCGUCAGUGCGAGGUUGCGUCAAGAGCUCGACCUCAUGUCUUCGGCAAGAGGAGCUCCGGCUGGCCCUGGGAGUCGACCAGCAACGGCCAUUGGCAACACCGGACUCCCGGGUAUCGACACCUCCAAUCCUUUUGCGUUUCUUGCUCCUCGAUCUAGUUCUCUUGUCAGCACCUCCACCAUCACUGCCUUCAAGCCAGAACCCAAGCCAGAGGCUAUUUUAGAACCUACCUCAGACACCGAGGGAGAGAAGAGGGUGCCAAAGGACUACCUCGAGGGGCAAUGGAACGUCACUCCCGCGUUUCCCGACGAGAGCAUCCUCCACUUCCUCCAAGAGCCAUCCAAAGCGAAAGAGGGUCGCUCAAGCAACACACCCUCAUCGUCCUCCUCCAACGCUACCGAAAGAAGCACAAGCACGGUGAAGCUGUCCUCGCUCAAGGAAGAUGGCGGCCCUGAAGGGAUCGAGACAAAGUGGGGCUCCGAAGAGACCCCGAAGCCGGAGCAGCCACCGGUACUCUCGUCAGCACUCCAAGAUAAUGUGCGUCGGUGGUACCUCGAAGAGGUCAUGUUCACCCGCAUCAUCGCCAAGGCAUCCGUCAGCAUACGAUCCAUGCCGGACAUGUCGUACAUGUUGGUCCCCGAGACGGUUCGAGCACAGAUCCGGCGGCUGGGAGAGCCGCUCAUCCAGUUUGGGUAUGAGAUCCAGAGGUACUGUCUCGAGUACAUCGAGGGAUAUGACUUGGCGUGGGUGAUCCUUCAGUGGCAGCAGGGCCAGGAGGGGCGGGAUGAUACGCCCGAGGGGAACACGAAAAGGUGUCAGAGGGACAGCGCAAUCGACAUGUGUGACCCCCGAGGCUCGCCGGACUGGUCGCACGCGGGAAAUAGCCAGAGCAGAGCGCGGGUCUCGACGACACGGCUCCCCGCCCAGCUUCAGCUUCCGCCGGUUGAGGAAACGCCGAGGCCUGAGAAGCUGCCUAACGUCCAGGGAUGUGACGAUGUGCCAUCAAACGACACCCCCAGCCUCGAAGCCGAUGCUCGGUCCAACACCCCAUCCCCCACCGCAAGCAGCGAAGACACCCACGCCAGCACGACCCCAUCAUCCCCCGGCCCGCCUCUCAAGCCCCGCCCACGACCGCUGACCGACGAGGAAGAAGACCAGCUCGUCCGAGCCAUCAACGCCGUGGUGACCGAGCUCACCCACCUGCGCGACGACCUGGACGAGAUCCACGACCAUCUAGCCAAAAUCAAAGUCUCCCGCCUCCCCACGGCCGAAAACACCGAGGAAACUAAACAGAGCUUCCACAAGCUCUACAUCGAGCUCGUCCCCCGUAUCCCCACCCAAAUGGACAACCUCCUCGCCCUCAUGGACGAGAAGACCAAGGUCAUAGCCACCAUCCUCGACGGCGGACCAGAAGGCAACCCCACCAUCCGCGACAUACACACCAUCCCGGAAAUGACCAUGGCCGGCGGCCUCGGUCUAACCUCCAACCCGUCCUCUCCCAUUACCUCCCCCUUCGUGUCCCCCCCCCUCGUGUCCCCCUCCCUUUCCCCCUGCCCCGUGGCCCUACACGAACGAGGUGAAAACCCCCCCCCCACAACCCGCCUCAAAACCCACCUCCACCACCUCCUCCACACCUCCCAAAAAACCUACCCCUUCCGCCUCGCGUUCGCCCACGCCCAUUUGUACACCCUCCGCAAACUCUACCACUGGCCCCGCCUCGACCCCUUCACCUACCGCUCCCUCUCCUCCCUCGAGUCCCGCCUCGAGCGCCUCCGGAAGCAGGACCGCGUCAACGACGGGGCCGGCCACCUCUGCGCCAUGUCGCACUCCGUAUUGCGCAUGGCGCACGGGAUCCAAAACCGUCAUCGACCCCAACAACUCGACCCGGGAAAAGGGGGUCAGAGAGACAGUAAUCGAAAAGACUCGCGACGAAAGGGGGGGUGGAUUGGCCAGCAUGAGUGGGAGGUUUCUCGAUCGUAUCGUCGGGAAGGGGAAGGGGUGGUCGUCUCCGUGACGGACCUGGACAAAGAUGUAGAGAGAAAAAGAUCUGUUAGAAAGUGAGGUGGGUCGUGAUCAUUGAACAUUGUCUUGAAAAGGGAACGGAUUGGGCGUAUCCGCCUCCGUUUACCUUGGGCAGAAGAAGGCAGCAGAAGAGGGUCGAGUUGGGAGUCGGCUUUGUGCCCGUCUCUUUGCGCGUGGUGCUGUUCUCGUCAGGCUAUCAGGAGCUGGGGGGCAGCUGAGCAAAUAAAAGACCUAUCAAGGUGGGUAGGGACAGUGAUUUGUAAUAGCAAACAGAAAGAGGAACUGACCUGGAAUGUAGAGAAUAAUGUCAAUUCUGCACCGUACUGUAUCCCUGACUUGAUGUGAGAUUGUUGAAUACAUUGCUGUGUGUGUGAUGUAAAGAGAAGGCUUUAAAACAACGCCGCGACAAAACACCAAACCAAUACAACAAGGACACAUACACACAUAGACAGAUAGCCAUCUAUACCCAUUCACAAAAACCCAUGUCUUCUAUCCGUGGCCGAGAAAAGCAGCGC